GGAGAAAAUCUCGCGUGGCUGGCUGUUUUCUCUGUCCACCUCCACCGACACACACCACUUACCAGCUGCACCUCUCUCUUCCUUCUCCCCCACCUCCUCCUCCUUUCUCUCUCUCUCGCUCUUUCCCUUUGAGUGAGCGCGAGAUCUAUCGAAACCUGAGUGAGGCGGUCCCGAAGACAGCAGAGAGGCGAUAUCCUCCUCGAGCGCAACAUGGCUACAAUUGUAACCUCCACCAGGUUUACAGACGAAUAUCAACUGUACGAAGAUCUCGGAAAGGGUGCCUUCUCUGUUGUUCGGCGAUGUGUAAAGAAAUCAACCGCCCAGGAAUAUGCUGCUAAGAUCAUCAACACGAAAAAAUUGUCAGCGAGAGAUCAUCAAAAACUGGACAGAGAGGCUCGGAUCUGCCGUCUCCUCAAACACCCCAACAUAGUGCGUCUCCAUGAAAGUAUCUCAGAAGAAGGCUUUCAUUACCUGGUCUUUGACCUUGUGACUGGCGGAGAGCUGUUUGAAGACAUUGUCGCAAGAGAAUAUUACAGUGAAGCAGAUGCAAGUCAUUGCAUCAAUCAGAUCCUUGAAAGCGUCAGCCACAUCCACCAGCAUGACAUUGUGCACAGGGACCUCAAGCCAGAGAACCUGCUGUUGGCCAGUAAGAUGAAGGGGGCGGCAGUGAAGUUGGCUGACUUUGGUCUUGCCAUCGAGGUGCAGGGAGACCAGCAAGCCUGGUUCGGUUUUGCAGGCACCCCUGGAUACCUCUCUCCUGAAGUCCUGAGAAAGGAUCCUUAUGGCAAGCCAGUGGAUAUCUGGGCCUGUGGUGUGAUCCUGUAUAUCCUCCUGGUGGGUUACCCUCCUUUCUGGGAUGAAGACCAGCACAAGCUCUAUCAACAGAUUAAGGCUGGAGCUUACGACUUUCCCUCUCCGGAGUGGGACACGGUUACCCCAGAAGCCAAAAACCUCAUCAACCAGAUGUUGACCAUCAACCCAGCGAAGAGGAUCACGGCUGACCAGGCACUGAAGCAUCCUUGGGUCUGCCAACGUUCCACUGUUGCCUCAAUGAUGCAUCGUCAAGAGACUGUUGAGUGUCUGCGCAAGUUCAACGCCCGCAGAAAACUGAAGGGGGCCAUACUUACCACCAUGCUGGUGUCCAGGAACUUCUCAGUGGGUCGGCAGCACACCAGCCCGGCCACCCCCACCACCAGCUCAGCUGCACUGGCACAGGAAGCAUGCAAAAGUUUACUGAACAAAAAGUCUGAUGGCGUGAAGCCACAGACAAACAACAACAAAAACAGUGUAGUAAGCAGCAGCACCAAAGACAGCAGCAUAUCAUCCACUGCACCAAUGGAACCACAGACCACUGUCGUGCACAAUCCACCCGAUGGCAUCAAGGGGUCUACAGAGAGCCAAAACACCACAGAAGAGGAGGACAUGAAAGGUAGGAAAGUAUCGGUGGGUGGGGCUAGCAAUGACAGUGCAGUGGUCAGCCAAUGCAGUGCCUCUGAUGAGCCAACUCCUCAAUCUGAGGCUCCUCCCCACUGCCCAACUCCCACCGACUCACCACAUGAUGUUAAGCGUGUUGCUUGGAGAAGUUUAGGUCAGAGCUCCUGCCUUAAUUUAGAGCUUGCUGUACCUGCUCAAGCCUCCACAACAGCAGGGGGCAGCAGCAUGCAAAGGCCACAGUCACGAAAGCAGGAGAUAAUUAAAAUUACAGAGCAGCUGAUUGAGGCAAUAAACAAUGGAGAUUUUGAAGCUUACAUGAGGAUCUGUGAUCCUGGCCUAACUUCUUUUGAGCCAGAGGCACUUGGAAACCUGGUAGAGGGAAUGGACUUCCAUAAGUUCUACUUUGAGAAUUUGCUGAGUAAGAACAGUAAGCCUAUCCAUACAACCAUUCUGAACCCUCAUGUGCACCUGAUUGGAGAGGACGCAGCCUGCAUCGCUUAUAUCCGCCUGACGCAGUACAUCAACAGCCAGGGCCACCCACGCAGCUGUCAAUCAGAGGAGACGCGCGUGUGGCACCGGCGCGAUUCCAAGUGGCUCAAUAUCCACUUCCACUGCUCUGGAGCGCCCGCCGCACCUCUACAGUGAAGCACAUGGGGCAAAGCAUGUCUGAAUACUAAAGCUGAUUGGAGCAUUUCUUCUCCGUGCACGAAUUGCCGCCUGGAGCCCGGCCAGAAGAGAACCUCUUGAAGUUUUGAAAACAGAAGGGAAAAAAAUGGCACAACCAAGAAAUCUAUUUAAAAGCCAACUGUGGCCACCACUUCAGUCCAAACCUAGCUAGAUGAUGUGUGGUGGGCGGCCAUGGCAGCAGCCCUGCCUUCUGGAUGCUGCAUGCUUCUAAUGCCCACAUGGGGCGCUGUAUUGUCUUUAUCCAUAAUCCUGUAGUUUCUGCUGCCCAACAUUCGGAAAAGGUGUUUCAAGUAUUUCUAUAUAUUGUAAAAUAUUGAGAUCUGCACUUGUGUAAUUAACAACUGAUGGCAGUUAGGAUCAGAAAUGUGAAUUCUUAUAAAGAGCACAUGCCAUUUAGGGGUCAGUGAUGUAGGUUUUAAUAAGUUUAAGAAAACUCAACACUUUUAUUUUGUUUUUCUUUUUUUUAUGCAAAUAAUUUGAAUAUUAGAGGAACAGAAAAAAAAAGUUGGCCAGAAGUUACAGCACCAAAAUGUAGACAUCUUAGACUUUGAGAAGAGGCCGUUUUAAUGUUGCUUUUAUUUUUCUUGGAAAUGAAGAAUGGGGUUUUCUGGCAUUUUGUAGUGUUUUUGUGGAACUAUUGAUUUUUAUCUCCUGAAUGAUGAUGUAUUUGAAAGUAUUUUUCGUUUUCAAGAACAUUGUUUUUAAAGUGGGACAUGAUUUAAUAUAAUUGUGCAUAAAUAGAUACAGUAUAUAUAAAGAGAAAGGAAAAAAAAAAAACAGUCUGUCUUGUCAGGAUACAUGGAGGGGAUUUGUGCGAGCGUUUGCUUGAAUUUGUCCGUAAGUGUAAAUGUCUCUUUGGGACUCAAUAUGCUUGUUGCUCUGUUGUGUUUUGAGUAGGUCUUUACACAUAAACACAUGGACAUGUUUACAUAAGACCUAAACCUAAAGUUGCAGAACUUUCAUUUCCUUUAAUUAGUAUUCUGAGUCCAUCAUAUGACUGUUCUCCAGAAGGCACUAAACACUACACGCAAUGACCAGGCUCACAGCUUUCACUCAUGGAGAUACCCAGCUCACCCUUUAGGCUUCCAGCUACUGUGCAUAUCAAUUUGUAAACUAAAAGCAUGUCAAAAAAAGAAAGAAAAAAAGAAAUGAAAUGGCCUGUAUUGUUUUGCACACAAGCUUGUGACUCUAUGUUGUUCUCUUCACUUUGCAACUUCAGGUUAUGAAAUCCUUUCAUAGGGGUCCACGCUCUGUAAGGAGACCCAAACUACCCAAAAUCAGUCACAUUACCCCUCCUUGAGUGUCUGUACACUUGUCUCAAUUUGUUCUAGUGCUGUUUACAUUGUCUCAUGAUUUUUUUUAUCAAACAUUGUGACUUUAAAGAAAGUAAGUAUUGUUUGGUUAGACAGUGAUCACAUAACUCUCUGCAGACUGGAAAUGUAAUGAAAAGACAUGCUUAAUGCAUUUCCAGGGGUUUUCUUUUUUUAAGUGGUCCAUUUUGUGGCAGAAUCUGUUCUGAUGUUCUUCUGAGUGUUGAUAUUUUGUCAUGGAUUUGUUUUGAUCUUGUUUUAUUUUAUUAUUUCCAAUUUAACUUGUAAAUACUAAUGCAGAUUUUGGAUGAGGGAUAGAUUGAAAGCUUUGCAAAUCGAGCAGGAUCCCUCAACAUCUGAAUAUACACUUUCAGUACACUGGCACUUGAACACAACUCUCACAGACCGCUUUCAGAUCAACAAAGUAAACUCGCAUAGUUUUACAAAAAAAAAAAAAAAUUUAUAACGCUGGUUUGGGUGUGUCAAAGCACACGGACACAUUGAGCUCCCUUUAAAGCUUAUCUGUGUGACUGUCAUUCAUUGACUGUGUUAUUAUGUAGAAUCCUGUGUAUGAAUUAUGAUGCCUGUGGGGCCUUGCUUCAUCCCUUCCCUCUGUGCUAAGCCAUUGCUUGUGACAUGUUACCUUUUGAAGCUGGGCAAACAUUGCACCAAAUGACUCUGUAUGGUGAAAAAAAAAUGGGGGAAAAGAGUUCUCCUACCCUAAGGCAUCUUGUUAGUUAGUUCACUAGUUUACAGAUGAAACCGUCUGGCACUGUGAUGUCUGCCAUACCAUCAAACCAUGCUCUCUGUUGCUCCCUGUUGCAGUGUGCCUACACCAAUGUGAUAUUUGGAUUUGAGUAGCGUCACUAAUGACGACCAGCCCCAUUUUCUGGCCACUUCCUUGUCUAUGUUAAAGUGCAGUGUAGUUAUUUCAACUUAACUGAUCUUUUAAGAAAUCUUUUAAUGGUCAAGAGUGAAGGAGAUAUUUCCAGAUGCAGCAGAUUGUAGUUCUUGUUUUUCUUAUGGCUGUUAGAUGGACACAAGAGCCUUUGUAUUCUAACUGAAUAACUCCUUAAGGCUACUCUAACUACCAGACCAUAUAUGCAGUUCAAAAGGAGGAAAAUAUGCAUGUGUACAUUUCUGGUAAUGUUUUUCACUGUCUGUGUUUAACAAAAAUUUUAGUCUAUGUUUAUUAACUGCAUCUUCAAGGUAAAUGAAGUGUGGCUCUAAAACAUGGUUUCCUAUGCUAAAAUUAUUUGAUCUUUUUGUGAAGAAAAGGACAAAGAGAUUAUCAAAGCUUCCGCUUGGUAUAUUUCCCCAUUCUUGUCAAUUGUUUUGCAUUGUAACCAUAUAUGAUGGCAGUACAAAUUAUUAUACUCUGAGGUUUAAUUGGAUGCUGGAUUUUUUUUGCAUGACCAUACAGUUAAUAAAACUAUGAAUUUAAAUCUAUCAAGUGUUUGUUUGAAUGUUGUUAAACCAUCAUAGCUUUGUUAUUGAAACAUUUGAAAGUAUGUAAUAAAAGAACAUUUAAACAGCA